AACUUGAAAGGCGCCAUGACAGGACUGCUUUUCUGCCUCUCUUGCUUUGUUACUACUAGUUUUGUGCAAGUCACGCCGAAAGAUUCGAAUAACAAGGUCAUUGUUUACUGGAUUCGAGAUAUGCCAAUAGACCGGUUUGAAAGUAAACAGUUACAGGUCCUAUCGCAUCUGAGAUGUGACUGCACACGGGGUGCUUUUGAAAGACAAUUUAACUUCUACAUGCCCAACAGAAACCCAAUUGAAGCAGUGCCCGGUGAAGGAUUCGAAAUGUAAGAUUCAAAGUCAUCGUCGCAAGACCCUCAAGUCGGGUUUUCCAAAGGUAUCUACGUGUGACUCUGCCAACACAGACGGCGGUCGUGCACACGUAAAACGAGUCGGUCUCAAGGCGGUCUGAACUCUGCCACGUCGUACAAUGGGCAUGGUGCUUAUCGCAAUUUGACGUGUCUCGCUCACCAGUGUUAAAUAUGCGUGGUCACCGAACUUGAAGGGUGUCCUUACCUUGACAGAUCUCAUCUCACACGGAAAGACCCGUCAGUUGAAGGAUCCUGCUAAUAGCCACGAAUUUUUCUCCGCUGUCAGUUCUAUCAUGGACCGGCUGACAGCCGUAGCAUGCCUUAUGACCGCCCUACACUUGCGUAGGGCCGAUGUCUGGUAGCCAUCUGGCACUGCAAUAUACACGGGUCCCAUUCCUGUUGCUCAACUGUAUUUGCGAUCAAGUUUCAUGCACAUCACCUACCCCUCCUCCAGAGGCAAAAACGCGCGAAACUUACGAUGCAAAUCUCGAAACGAGAGAUCCCCCUGGUUUCGUAUCAUUUUUUGGACCGUUCAGAAAGUCCCUAACGGUCGCAAUGAAUUUGAUUGAGAUAUACGUGAUACUUGUUGGCGUAUACCCCAAGAUACGUUUUCCGAUCUUUGAUCCUAUCAUGCCUAGACCGCCUUCAAAUGGAAUACGCAUCUCUUCAUACUUCGUCAUUGGCUCUCUCCUCUUUUACCUCGGGACAAUCAUACGGUUACUGAGUUAUCGAGCCAUGGGACGGCAUUUCACUUUCCACUUGACCAUCCUACCCAAUCACAAACUCAUCACGACGGGCCCAUAUUCCAUUGUCCGCCAUCCCAGUUAUACGGCUGUCAAUAUGGUGUUUUUGGCGAUGGAGUUGUGUGAACUCGGAAGCGGAAGUUGGUUGAGGGAAUCUUUCAUGCGUACUUCGAGCGGAGCGUUCUUGGGAAUAGCUUGGGGAGUGAUGGUGGCAUCGCUGGCGGUCAUCAUAUUGAGGAGGAUUCCGAAAGAGGAUGCGAUCCUACGAAAGGAGUUCAAAGGACAGUGGGAUAGUUGGGCAGAGAAGACGCCUUACAAGUUAAUUCCUUUCAUUUAUUGAUUUCAACUCUUGCGUCCCUCAAUUAAAGGGACCUCGCCCGAAGCGUACUUAGGCCAAGCCCCCAGCUCGGAACGUCGGUAUAAAGAAAGGAAAUCUAUGGGUAGAUUUAUUGGCUAUGCUGUACAACUAGCCAAAUCGUAUACUUGUACAUUUAACUAGAGACGUAUCAAAGGGAAAUAAGACUAAGUCAGACUUGAGAG